GUUGUAUCACUUUUUCCAAAAACGCAAUCAGCUUCCAUAUAUAUUAAUUUAUAACACAAAUUAUUUUUUUAAUAAUUAUUUGUCAAUCAUUUAAAAAGUUAUCGCACGUUGAAUAUCUAGGCGGCAAAGUCUCUUUUUAAACGCCACGGAACUAGCCGAACGCGCCCGAAGUAGGUUAUGACGUCACGAUGUAAGUGCCGAAUGUCGCUGUAUGUUUCAACAUUAUAAAGAAUAAGGUUAAAAUCGGUUCAAAUGCAAUAUGUCGACGCCGGGAAAAAGUUAUCGUUGCUGUUUCGUGCCUCUAUGCAAAAACACAACAAAAAGUACACCCCAUAAAGUUUUUUUUUGUGUUCCACGCGAUGAAAAAAUGAGAAAGCUGUGGUUUCGUCAGGCACGUCGACCAGAUAACCCUUCACAGUGGAACUAUUUUUGCUGUCAGGACCAUUUUAACAUAAAAGACGAUAUGGAAAAUUAUGUGCGUUUUAUGUUGAUGGGAGGGCCUGUUAAAUUAAAAUUGAAUGUUGUGCCGCAUAUAUUUAAUUGCCAACCGGAUAGAGAAAGAGCUGCAAGUCGUCAACUUCGACCAGUUGCUGAAAAAAGGCGUCAUAAAGCAGAGAUCGCUGAUAUUUUAGCGAAUCCUGGUUGUUCAUCACAGGACGUUUCGGAAUCAAAGUCUACCGAGAUAUGGCUACUUCACCAAUAACAGUACCACCAAAAAAAGCACGGAUGAAAGAAUACAGCGGUGACACUGCUUCGACUGCUGUCUCUUCACUUUGGACUUCCACUUCCAGUGAUUGGAAACCAAGUACUUCAGAAGAAGAAGUAAAUCCGAUGAAUCGAGAUGAAAUGCAAGCUAGUAGUCUAAUAAUGACGAAUUAUUUUAUAAGUCAACAGUCGAAAGAUUAUGUAGGCAUUGCAAAUGAUUGGUAUUGGAUUAUUGAUCUCUUACACAUUCAUUCAAAAAUUCAUCCUGAUGAUAUAAAACUUACUCUUAUGAAAAUAAGGUUGAAUGAUACAUUUAAAAGAUUAGGAAGUCAGUUCGGAAUAUCUUCUGGUCAAGCAGGAAAAAUUUUUUCAAAAACUGUACCUCGAUUAGCCGAUAUUCUAAAAACCUUAAUAUAUUUUCUAUCUGAAAUAAGUGUAAAAAAAGCAUUACCUAUUCCUUUUCGCGCAAACUAUAGCAAUGUACAAUCCAUUGUAGACUGCUUUGAAAUUGAAAUAGAAAAACCAACUGAUCCAAUGAAACAAGCACUUACGUGGUCAGAAUAUAAAAAAUGCAAUACAUUGAAAUACCUGAUUUCAGCGACACCUG